AUGGGAAUAGAUUGGGUUUCUGUUGCAUAUGCAGCUUCAAUAGCAGCUGGUGGAAUAUCUGGAUACUUGAAAGCUGGAAGCACAGCCUCCCUUGGAGCUGGUCUAUUAUUUGGUGGAUUAGCAGGAAUAGGAGCUUACAGAUCCUCUGUAGAUUCCUCAGAUUUGUGGCUUUCACUGGGUGUCUCUCUUUCCCUUGGUGGUUUGAUGGGCUUUAGGUUUUACGGCAGUAGGAAGUUUAUGCCGGCUGGACUUGUAGCUCUUCUAAGUGUUGGAAUGGUCGCACGGUGUGCUUAUAACCUGAGAAACGCUCCUGUUAAAAACGAAUAA